AUGGCCCCCUCCGGCUAUCCAGUGGUAGCCGGUCUUCCGUCUCCGGCUUCGGCCUCGGCCUCCGGUCUGACUACAGGCUAUGAGUCUCCGUCAGAAGAGCAUCCGCCUUUCUUUACGGCCGCAGCGCCCGCUGCACAUGAUGGGAAGACAAAUCAAAACCCAAGGCGUCUUGCUGUACCGCGGCCUGCACUAACUCAACGACCUUCGUAUAUCGCCGCGAUUGCUUUCGAGGAUGCCAAUGGCAACAACCAAAGUCGCCCUCGACUCGUCAAUCAAAGUUCUACAAUUACCGCUCAUAGCUUGAAUCAUGUUAUGGCCACAGUGGAAAAGACGCCUCAGAGCCGAAAGAUCGGUCUAAGGGAUCGCAUUGCAUGCUACCAAUGGACUUAUUUUACUUUGGUGGGUGUUUCCGAGACUCAAUUAUAA